AGUAAUUAAUAGUUUUGGAAAAUAUUAAAGUGAAAAUAGAAAGGAAAACGGUGUAAUUGGAGAAAAGGAAGAAGAUGGGUUGCUUCGAUUGCUUCGAUGGAGGCAGCAAAAGAGAACAAAGGAGAGAAGAAGAACAAUUAGCCUCCGAAGAAGCUCGUGCGAGAGCUGCCGAAGCCGCCCAAAAAAGGCAAGAACAAUAUGAAAAAUCUGCUGCAGGAAGAGCAGCACGUGCACAAAUGGCAGCUGCUGCCAAGCAAGCAACGAAUGCGAACCAAGGAGAACCAGUUCUUAAAUGGCAGAUGGGAUGAGCAUUAGCUCUCUUAGGUCAACUUCUUCCAUUCAUUGUACUGAGAGUUGAAGUUUGAUAUCCAACAGUUGUAAAUAUGUUGCUCUUAUUUAAUUUAGUGUUUUCUCCAAUCUAUAUAUUUGUAAACUGAAAUGAGAAUAAGGUGGAACAAAUCUGACAAUUUGUAUUUCCACCAGUUAAUUUACUCUUCUCUUGUUUUUGUGUACACAAAUGUAAUUCAAAGGGUUUCUCAACAUUCAAUUUACAGAGGAAAGUAAGGCAUUCGAAUAUCAUUUUUCGGUGAA